CCCACGGCUCCCCUGAUCCAUUACUACCCACUUCGCCCCAUCAUUCACUCCGCCCCCACCGACAUCGCCCGAGCUUCAACCUCAGGAACUCACGACCUCUGCACCAAUGCAAGAGACUUCCCCCCCAUUCGAUUCCGAAAAGUGCCAUUUUCGAUCCCUGCUCUGGCAAAAUAUAGAUUCUACGUGUUCGGAGCGCCAACUGCCCACGUGGAACAUACGAAUGUCCUUGAAAGUACCCGCACAAAAAGCAAACCUUGUCUUCAUAAUCAUCUGAAUGAAUUGGAACUAGACUUCGGGAUGAUGGCGUGCGCAAAGGUAAUGACAAGGGAAAACCAGACAACUACGGAGGGCGGCACAGAAAUGCUUCAACGAUAUGACCGGGCACGAGGAAAGCGGCGCCCCCCCAAGAAUGCGAGGGUUGGGGGCAACAGGUGGGUGGAAUGAGACCGGUGUCUCCGAAGCAGAGGCUGAAGCCAAGACACAGGAAUGCGCCGAGUCGAGUCUGACGCAGUCAAGCCCGCCACUCCUGAUGGCGUCACAACCAAUCAGUCUCACACACUUCGGACUUUCAGCUCCCUUCGAACGUUCGAAAGGAAUAUGUAUUGUUUGUCAAGAUAAUAGCCUCGAAUCGAAGCUUGUUACGUAUUGGGACCGAAGAGUUGAACUAGCUAGCUUCACUAGUUCUCCACUUCCACACCCCCCUCAUGAUACACCGGACAAUGUGGACCUGUCGAUUGGGUCUUUUGGUUGCAUCAACAUUCAUCACCCAUCAAGCUUCGACGUCGUCGCUUACCAUGGUAUGCAGAAACAUGGACCAGUAUAUCGGUGAUGGGCGAUGGGAAGGAAAAUGUGCC